AUGGAAGUUGCAACAGGUCUGCUGCGCGCGGAGAGGCGCGUGUCCGCCGGGGAUCACUCCGCGGCCUGUUUAAAGAUGCUGAACGAUGGUGCGCGUGAAGCCAGCUGUGUGCAGAGAAUGAUCGGUGGUGACUGUCUCCAGCAGGCCGUGUGUAAGGGCUGCACGCGGAUCAUCUCAGACCGCUUCCUGAUGCGGGUCAACGACGCGUCCUGGCACGAGGAGUGUCUGCAGUGUGCCGCGUGCCAGCAGCCGCUCACCGCCACCUGCUUCUGCAGAGACUCCAAACUGUACUGUAGGACUGACUACCAGCAGUUGUUUGCCACCAAAUGCAGUGGCUGUCUGGAGAAGAUAGCGCCCACAGAGUUUGUAAUGCGAGCUGUGGGGAGCGUUUACCACCUCAGCUGCUUCUCCUGCUGCGUCUGUGAGCGUCAGCUGUGCAAAGGAGACGAGUUUGUCCUGAAAGAAGGUCAGCUGCUGUGCAAGAGUGACUACGAGAAGGAGCGGGACCUGCUCAGCACAGUCAGCCCAGACAACUCUGACUCAGAUAAGAGUGAGGAUGAGGAUCUGGAUGUGAAUGCAGAGAAGUGUCCUGCUGGUCAGGGGAAAGGCAGUGAUGACAGCAAAGACCCUCGCCGGCCCAAACGGCCACGUACAAUCCUCACCACCCAGCAGAGGAGGGCUUUCAAGGCCUCAUUUGAGGUCUCCUCCAAACCCUGCAGAAAGGUGAGAGAGACGCUGGCAGCAGAGACGGGCCUCAGCGUACGUGUGGUCCAGGUCUGGUUCCAAAACCAGAGAGCAAAGAUGAAGAAGUUAGCUCGCAGACAGCAGCAACAGCAGGAGCAGCACAACAGCCAAAGGCUAGGCCAAGAGGUGAUAUCAGGCUGCAUGGAGGGCCUGCUCAGCUCAUACUCAGGGCCGCUACCUCCAAGCCAGCAGCAGUUGGUGACCAUGGAGCACAAUGGCUACAACACAGACCCCUUCCAACAGGGCCUCACCCCACCACAGAUGCCUGGAGACCACAUGAACCCCUAUGGUGACUCCAUUUUCCACGACAUUGACAGCGACACAUCUCUGACAAGUCUAAGUGACUGCUUCAUGUCCAAUCCAGAUGUUGGCUCCUUGCACAGUCGGGCGGGGAACCCCAUCGACCGCCUCUACUCCAUGCAGACUUCCUACUUUGCCUCCUGA